AUUUAUACGAGUGUCCGAGUAUGCCCUAUGUGGUGAGAAAGUUAAUAAUAUAGUAUUUGAUUUUUUUAAAUUUGAAAAGCGUUUGUUUUAUGUUUUACUUACCUGUUUUUUUCCUGUUGAAAGUAUGACAGAAGACAUAGUAUAUCAAAGCACUGGCACUAAAUGUGCGCUUAGUUUUUGUAAAAACAUUUAUACGGAAAAUGGUGAAGAAGGUCAAAUAUUGUUUUUCAAUUUUCCUGAAGAUCCAGUAAGAUUUGCAAUUUGGGUCGAGAACUGUGAAACAAAAUACUUGCCAAAGGGAGGCCUUCAAAAUUUAAAAAAAAAACAUAAAUUAUGUUCUAUGCAUUUUGAAGACCGAAUGUUCAAUUUUCAAAAGAAUAGUCUCUUAUCUAAUGCAGUACCAACAUUAUUUAAAGAUAAAUUUCCAGUAAUAACAUCAGUUACAUCUCAAACGAGUCAAAGUGCUUAUGAAACUAUUGUAGUAGAUGAUGACAAAAUCCCACCACCUAUCCCAAUUGAUGCUAUGCCAUCUUGUUCAAAAUAUGAUCAAUAUAUAAGCCAAAACUUGUUUAGUGUAUCAGCUACUGGACUUGUAAAAAAUUCAGUAAGUCUUCAAACUCCAGCUUAUUUAUCAGCUAAAUCUCCACGUAAACUUAAACUCAAAGAGCGACUAUCUGAAGAAAUUAUUAUAAAGAAGCAAUUAGAAAAAACUGUCAUUGAAUUAAAAAAACAAAUAGAAGAAACUAACACUGAAAGUAAUUGUAUCAAAUUGUGUGAAAUGUAUUUACCUCCAACAAUGUUUAUGUUGGUAAAAAAUCAUUUGUUGAACAAAAAUAAAUCACCGAAUGGUCAAAGACAUCCAAAUGAAAUAAUAGAAUUCGCAAAUACAGUUCGUCAUCUUGGACCCAAAACUUAUAAUUUUCUUCAGAAAUAUUUUACCCUUCCUCAUUUGCGUACUUUGAGGAAAAAAACAACUGUUCAUCAAAUUGACAAAAAUAUUCAAAAUUUAGUUCAAAAUGACCAUAAGUACAGUAAAAUUUAAUAGUAUUAAAAACUAAUUUUUUUACAUUGUUAUCAAAGACUGAGUUGAGGUUAAACAAAAAUAUAAUUAUGUAAUGAACUCUAUUAAUUAAUUUUAUACUUACUGUAUUAUAAUUUUUUUAUGUACAAAUUGUUUAGUUUUUAAAUUUAAUAAAGUGAAUUAUGUGUAAAUUUAUUGAACUCACUUUUUAUUUGUUUGAUAUGAUAUAAACUAAAUUUAAACUAUAUUGUUUAAUAAAAUGUAAUACAUAAUAUUUUUUUCUUAGUUU